GCUGUUGUCUCGCGCAUCCAUUUUUGAAAUUUCCCCUCCACACCAAGCCAGCUUGCCUCCUUUUCACACCCCAUAAAAUUCCAAAAUAUGGACUUCAUUUGACUCCUUCCACUGCCCUCAUAUGUAUAUCCCCAUCGCAUACUCUGAUCGAUAAUCAUGGCGGUUUCAGGAAGAAUGACAGAUCUUCAGCUCACUAAAUCAUGGCACCGACAAGUCAGUCCCGAACGGACCAAGGUCUGGACUGAAUCGCCCAAAUCCGAUGGCAGAUCGGUCCCCGUCGUUUAUUAUCUCUCCAGAAAUGGCCAGCUUGAGCACCCCCAUUUCAUGGAGGUCCCUCUAUCCUCCUCUGCCCACGGCCUCUUUCUCAGAGAUGUGAUCGGUCGGUUGAAUGUUCUUCGCGGCAAGGGCAUGGCGGCGAUGUAUUCCUGGUCGUGCAAGAGGAGCUACAGAAAUGGAUUCGUGUGGCACGAUUUAACCGAGAACGAUUUCAUCUACCCGGCUCGCGGCCACGAAUAUGUUCUCAAAGGCUCCGAGCUUCUAGAAAAUUCGUUUCAGUUGCCUCCGCCUCCUCCGCCGCCGCCGGAGAAUCAAACCGCGGCGGCGGAUGCAGUCUAUCCCCGGCCGCCGUCCGACAGACGGCGGCGGAACCAGUCCUGCAGCUCCAUCGAGUACGAGUACAGCGUGUACAAGGCGGAGCCCUCGUUCCGGUCCGCCGCCGACGCCUCCACCCAGACGGACGACGCGCGGCGGAGGAGGCGCCGGCCGCGGCCAGAAAUAGUGGAGGAGAAGAGCAAGGAGCCGCAGCGAGACGAGAUCGAGAUCGAGAUCUCCCCGCCGCCGUCCGAUUCGAGCCCCGAGACGCUGGAGACGCUGCUGAAGGCGGAUGGACGGCCGAUGCUGCUGCAGCCGGAAAUAGUCAACAAGGAGUCAACCUCCGGGCAGCAGAUUCAGAGGGCGACCAAGUCGUCGGUUCUGAUGCAGUUGAUCUCCUGCGGUUCCUUGUCGUUCAAGGACUGUGGGGCCGGGCAGGUGAUAUCGCAGUACAGAAUGAGGGUGCCGCGCGGCGGCGGUGGCGGAGGAAGGGUGAAGCUAGAGGAGAAGGAAUACUUCAGCGGAAGCAUAGUGGAGACAAAGAAAGAGGAACUGCCGAGGCUGAAACGAUGCAGUUCGUACAAUGCGGAUCGGUGACGGUGAGUAUUUAGUUUGUACAAUUAGGGAUUUUUUUUCUUUUUCUUUUUUUGUUUGUUUUAAUCGCAGGUUUGUGUUUGCAUGUUUUACUGUACUGGGAGAUAAUCUGAUAAAGUAACAGCUGUGGUUAUUC